ACGUUUUCGCGCUAUGCUGUGAGAUAACGCUUGUGGUUCGGCUAAAAUCAGGCUACAGUCGCCUAAGUGUCAUGAGACCUGCGCUUAUGUAACAUUUUUGUCCCUGAAACACACCAGUUUUCACUAAUAGUGGUUGUUUACCUUCUCCAGAAAGCGAGGGUACUGUAUCUCCACUAAAACGCCAUAAUGUUACGGCGCUGCUCAAAACAUUUGCAGACCUUAUACCGGAGGCAAGGGCAGAGCCUCCGGUUCAGGUCGUCAGAGGUGCCCAAGGUCUAUGGGGCGCUGCCCCAGGCCGCAACGAGGGUCCAGAGGGGGGUCGUCGCCGCCCACAACCAGGUCGCCUCCAUACAUUUCUCGAAUCCGCUCCUUGCGGAACAGGACGUGCCUUGCCCGGCGUUCCCGGACUCCGUGUCCGAGGGUGACGUGAAGCUCAUCAAGGCGGUUGGUGAGAGCGUCGCGGCCGACGAGGUCGUCCUCGAGAUCGAGACCGACAAAACCGCAAUUCCCGUUAUGGCUCCCGGUCAUGGAGUGAUAAAGGAGUUGUACGUCAAAGACGGUGAUACCGUGAAAGCCGGGCAGAAGCUGUUCAGGAUGGACGUCACAGGUGAGGCGCCGACAAAGGCGGCCGCGCCCGCCGCGGCGCCCGAGCCUCCUAAGGAAAAAGCCGCUCCUCCACCGCCGCCGCCGCCACCAGCAGCCGCGGCACCGCCCCCGCCGCCGCCUCCCCAGGCGGCAGCGCCCCCGCCACCACCGCCGCCCCCGAGGCCCGCUGCGCCGCCGUCCGGGGCUCCCAUCUCCUCGAUCCCCGUAGCGGCGAUCCGUCACGCGCAGGCCAUCGAGACGGCGACCGUCAAAGUCCCGCCCACGGACUACAGCAAAGAGAUCGCUGGCACGCGCACGGAGCAGCGCGUCAAGAUGAACCGCAUGCGGCAGCGCAUCGCGCAGCGGCUGAAGGAUGCGCAGGACACCAACGCGAUGCUAACGACGUUCAACGAGAUCGACAUGUCGAACAUCAUGGCGUUCAGGAAGAAGCAUCUCGACGCGUUCACCAAGAAGCACGGCAUCAAACUGGGCCUGAUGUCGCCGUUCGUGAAGGCCGCCGCCAACGCUCUGAUGGACCAGCCGGUGGUCAACGCGGUCAUCGAGGGCACCGAGAUUAUAUACCGUGACUACGUAGACAUUUCUGUGGCGGUCGCGACGCCUAAAGGCCUGGUCGUGCCGGUCAUCAGGAACGUACAGAACAUGACGUACGCCGACAUCGAGCUGACCAUCGCCGGGUUGGCCGCGAAGGCGAGAGACGGCAAGCUGACGAUUGAGGAGAUGGACGGUGGCACCUUCACGAUCAGCAACGGAGGAGUGUUCGGCUCCUUGAUGGGCACGCCGAUCAUCAACCCGCCUCAGUCGGCUAUCCUCGGCAUGCACGCGACCUUCGACCGGCCUGUAGCGCUGAACGGGCAGGUGGUGAUCCGACCGAUGAUGUACAUCGCCCUCACCUACGAUCACAGGCUAAUCGACGGCCGUGAAGCGGUCAUGUUCCUGAGAAAAAUCAAGCAGGGCGUGGAGGACCCAGCGACGAUCAUCGCCGGAUUGUAAAUUAGAAUCUAGUAUUCGAGCGCCGUCCGGCCGCGCGGAACGAGUAUUUGAACAGAUCUAGUUACCAUAUGCGUUUGACACGCACGUAAUAUGAAACUACCCGGCCGGUCGGUUUUAAAAAGAAAUCAUGUAAAAUAUCACGAUUAAAACUUAGUAGCGAUUUAGUUGCUUCAGGUGGUGCACGUCUCUGCUCGUUUGUUUGUAUUUAUUGAAUACGUUCGUAUUGUGUAUUGUAUUAUUUAUCGCGUUUUAAGUAUAAUGAAUAACAAUCAAAACAAGUACAUUUCCUCAAUGUGACGACCUCAAA